AUGAGUUCCAUCAAUAGAGGAAAAUUGUAUAAAGACUUAUUUUGUGCUUAUUCAAAAGCAUAUUCCGAAACAAAAUCGAAACAAUCGAUUCAGGACAAUGUGAACAACAUUUGGUCAAACAUCAAAAACGAUUCAAAUGUUGCUAGUCUAAUUGAGGCUAGAAUUUCUGAACUAAAUAAAAUUAAGGCAAGAAAGCAGGUUAGUCUUCAUACACUUUGGCUUCGUCUUCUUCUUCUUCUUCUUUGGCUUCGUGCCAGUGAAAAAGGAAAUGGUUUUAGUGUUAAAGCACCUGAAGAAUCGACAAAUCGAUCAAGUCCCGUUGUCGAAAAUGAAGAAAUAGUACAUCCAACGACUUCUCAAAAAACAGCCGCCUCGAAUGUUAUUGAAGAAGAAGGUGCACCAUCAAACAAAGAAACACAAAUCGAUGUAACCGACCAGGUACAGAGCGUUAAAGCCAACCCAACUCCAGCUCAAUGCAGCAUAAAAAGUGAGAUUGUGGUGUUACUAUCAGAUGUUAAAGCAUUGAAAAUGCGUCGAGAUUGUGGACUGUUGACCGAAAAUAUGGAAAGUGAACUGAAAUUAAAGACAAAGAAUUUAGAAGCAUUAAGGAAACGACUAAAAAAGAAAGAGCGUGAUAUGAUUCGACACCGGAAACGACGCCUUAGAAAAAAGGCUUCGCUUGAAAAUGCAUGCGAAAAUAAUCCAGAUCUAAAGAAGAAAUUGAGCAUUCGAGGCAAAGUGGGCCGACCACGUAUCGAAGAAGAUCAGCCGUAUCUUUUAAAAGCUAUUAUUGACUUGGCCAUGCAUGGGUCUGCAGCGCACGAGAGGCGUCGAGACGAUUCCAUAAGAACAGUAAAAACCCUUGAUGAUCUAGUAACAAAACUGCGCGAAGAUUAUGGUUAUAAUUUGUCACGGAGUGCAACGUAUUUGAGACUAUUGCCUAAGAGAGCUAAUUCAACCGAAGGAAAGCGUCAUGUCAACUCUGUUCCAGUGAAGCUAAUCCGACCUGACAACGACUUGCAUAAAGAUCAUAUGGACGGAAGGUUUGCCAAAACAACAAUCAGUCAUAUUGACAGUAUGGCUUCGUUAUUAGGGCCGAAUGAAGUGACAUACAUUAGCCAGGAUGACAAAGCUAAGGUUGCAAUAGGCCUACCAGCGGCAUCCAAACAAGCGCCAUUGCUAAUGCACAUGGAGUACAGAGUCAAGCUUCCCGAUCACGACUUUGUGAUAGCGAAAGGACACAAACUGACUCCAUCGGUUUAUGGAUUUUGUCAAAUUAAGGCAAACGGUGGUGGCGAUGCGUCAGCGAUAAGCUAUUCAGGUCCAACGUUUGUGGCUAUAAGGUCAUCCAAGCACUCUUCGUCUACAGCUUUUUCGCACGCACGGGAUUUGGAACAGAUCUACGAAAAGUCUGAAUUCAGCGAAUUUACACAUACGACGAUCGGUGGAAAACUGAAACCAAAACCGGUUCUUGUUUGUAUUGUGGACGGUGGGCCAGACGAAAAUCCGCGUUACGAAAAGGUUAUUAGCAUGGCAGUUCAUCAUUUCGUGCAACUAGACUUAGAUGCCAUCAUGAUCGCGUGCAAUGCACCAGGACGUAGUGCCUUCAACCGGAUUGAACGGCGUAUGGCGCCGUUAAGCAGAGCAUUGACAGGCCUGAUACUUCCGCACGAUCACUAUGGCACUCACCUAAACAGUCAGGGACAAACUGUUGAUAUAGAAUUGGAGAAGCAGAAUUUCUCAUACGCCGGCAAGGCUCUAGCAGAAGUCUGGUCAGAUACACUUAUUGAUGGACAUUUGACUGUAGCUGAAUAUAUAAAGCCUGAACAAUCUGAUAUCGAUCAGGCAUCGAUCAUCUCGAAGGACGAAAAGUGGUGCAGCCGACAUGUGCAUCAGUCUCAGUAUUUGCUUCAAAUACUCAAAUGUUCUGACAAUCGUUGCUGUAAACCAAGGCGUAGUUCUCUGUUUCGAUUUCUGCCCAAGGACGGCUUGCCACCACCGUCGCCUAUAAUACAGUCAAACGAAGGAUUGAAACACGCCAACAUCAACGAUAUUGAAAACUAUGCGUCAUUAUUCGUGACGCUGGCACUACAAAAGAUUGGGCAUUCACAUGCCAUUUAUGACACCUAUUGUCCUUCGGUGCAAUCAAAACUCGAUUCACGAACAUGCUCGUGCAAUCAAUAUUUCAGUUCCGUUGUCUCGAUGAAACGACAUUUGAAAGACAAUUUUAUUUGUAAAAAAAACAUAAAGAUCGUGAAGCCUGUGAAAAUUCUCGGAACACGAGGGAAUGAGUCGUUAGUUGUAGUCCGCUAUAAUGUUGAAGAAGAUGUCGAGUGGCUUCCGAGUGUGGAGGUAGACGGUGAAUUUUUAGAUAAAGACGAACAACCUUCGAGUAGUAUAAUUUAUGACAAUGAAACAAGAUUAAAACCAAUUUGGAGAACUGUUUAA